CCAGGGGCUGUCAACGUGAACAGCCAGCGUCCUCACGCAGGCGUACUGCGCAGAGGAGGCCAUGUUAAAGUUUAGUGAAGACUGGACGUGAUUCCCUGACGCCCUGUGUUUCUGCGUUCGUUUACGACAGUUUUGUAAUAUCGGAGUUUCUAAAUCAAUCCGAUCCUAGGGAUCGGGCUUCGGAUGAUGAAUACCAGUCUGGACUUGUCUCGGCGGAACCCGCAAGAAGAUUUUGAGCUCAUUCAAAGAAUCGGGAGUGGAACGUAUGGAGAUGUGUACAAGGCUCGCAAUGUCAUCACAUCAGAGCUGGCGGCCAUUAAAGUCAUCAAGCUGGAGCCGGGCGAGGACUUUGCAGUGGUGCAGCAGGAGAUUAUCAUGAUGAAGGACUGCAAGCACUCCAACAUCGUGGCUUACUUCGGCAGCUAUCUCAGGAGGGAGAAACUAUGGAUCUGCAUGGAGCACUGCGGAGGGGGAUCCUUACAGGACAUCUACCAUGUGACGGGUCCUCUGUUAGAGUCCCAAAUUGCGUAUGUGUCUCGGGAAACCAUACAGGGCCUGUACUAUCUCCACAACAAGGGCAAAAUGCACAGGGACAUAAAGGGAGCAAAUAUCCUGUUAACGGACAAUGGAUACGUGAAACUGGCUGACUUUGGGGUCUCUGCGCAGAUCUCCGCCACCCUGGCCAAGAGGAAGUCCUUCAUUGGCACACCCUACUGGAUGGCUCCUGAGGUGGCUGCUGUGGAGAGGAAAGGGGGUUAUAAUCAGCUGUGUGACAUCUGGGCCGUGGGUAUCACCGCCAUCGAGCUGGCAGAGCUGCAGCCUCCCAUGUUCGAGCUGCACCCCAUGAGGGCUCUGUUCUUGAUGAGUAAGAGCAAUUUUGUACCACCCAAACUGAAGGAUCGGAAAUGGACCAACAACUUCCACCACUUUGUCAAAGUGGCUCUCACUAAAAACCCCAAGAAGCGACCCACAGCUGAGAAGCUAUUGCAGCACCCAUUCGUGUCCCAGCCCUUGAGUCGUACGCUGGCCAUCGAGCUCCUGGACAAGGCCAGCAACCCCGACCACACUCCCUACAGCGACCAGGAGGAUGACGACCCUGAGCCAGAUUCGCCCGUGUCAGUCCCUCAUCGGAUUCGCUCGACCAGCCGGAGCGCUCGGGAGGGGAAAACUCUGUCAGAGAUCAACUUCGAUCAGGUGAAGUUCGACCCCCCCUUGAGAAAGGAGACGGAACCCCAUCACGAGCCGGAUCUGGAGUACAACCAAGAUUCCCCAGGCCUGCUUUGUGGAAACAAGAGUCUGUUGAAGUCUGUGGAGGAGGAGUUACAGCAUAGGGGUCAUGUAACACACUUAGAGACUGGGGAGGAUGAUGAUGAUGGUGAUGGUGGUGAUGAUGAGGAAGCCCCGCAAACCACAAACACUACGAUAAGGAGACCAAGAGUGCCCCCGCCGCUUCCCCCGAAGCCCAAGAACCUGUGUGCAACUCCAAAUCAGAGCGGGCCAAUCGGAGAGGAGGGGGGCGGCGACGACAGCACCAUCAAGCGCUGCCCGGUGUCUCCAUGCCCCGCCCCUCCCUCUCGGCCCGCCUCCUGCGUGCCCCCCAGGCCCCCGCCCCCGCGCCUCCCCCCGCACCGGCGCAGUAGCCUAGGUAAUGGAGUCAGCCCCUCCCAACAGAAUGGAGAAAGAGAGAGGCAGUCCACCCUGCCAACUAUCCCCCUCAGGAAAGAGAAGAAGGACGCUCCGAAACCCCUGUGCAAUGGCCUGCCCCCAACUCCUAAAGUCCAUAUGGGAGCGUGCUUCUCAAAGGUGUUCAACGGAUGCCCUCUGAAGAUCCACUGCGCCUGUUCCUGGAUAAACCCAGACACACGGGAUGAGUAUUUGAUCUUCGGAGCGGAGGAAGGGAUCUACACCCUGAACCUGAAUGAGCUGCACGAGAGCUUCAUGGAACAGUUGUUUCCACGGCGAUGUACAUGGCUGUAUGUCAUGAACAACUGUCUGCUCUCCAUAUCUGGCAAGGCCUCUCAACUCUACUGCCAUAACUUGUCCGGUCUGUUUGAGCAAGCUCGGCAGAUGCAGAAGCUGCCCGUCGCCAUACCAACGCAUAGAAUCCCAGACAAAAUCAUUCCGAGGAAGUUUACUGUGUCCAAUAAGAUUCCAGACACCAAAGGGUGCCAGAAAUGCUGCGUAGUGAGGAACCCCUACACGGGUCAUAAGUACCUAUGCGGAGCCUUCCAGUCUAGUGUGAUCCUGCUGGAGUGGGUGGAGCCUAUGCAGAGGUUCAUGCUCAUCAAGAGUAUUGAGUUUACAUUGCCGUGUCCACUGGAGGUGUUUGAGAUGCUGGUGGUGCCGGAGCACCAGUACCCCCUCAUCUGCCUGGCGGUCAGCAAGGGCAGCGAGCCGGACCAGGUGGUGACCUUUGGCACCAUCAACCCCAGCCUGACCACCCCCACUUUCAACGAUGCAGAUAUGCCGCAGACCUGCGUCAUCCACGUCACUCAGCUGGAGAGAGACACCAUCCUAGUUUGCCUAGACCGUUGUAUAAAGAUGGUGAAUUUACAAGGCAGACUGAAGUCCAAUAGAAAGCUGUCGGCAGAGCUCACCUUUAACUUCCAGAUUGAAGCAAUAGUGUGUCUUCAGGACAGUGUUUUGGCAUUUUGGAGACAUGGAAUGCAGGGCCGGAGCUUCAAAUCCAACGAGAUCACUCAGGAGAUCUCUGACAGCACUCGCAGUUUCAGACUGCUAGGGUCUGACAGGACGGUGAUCUUGGAGAGUCGACCCAUAGAAAACCCCACAGCUCACAGCAACCUGUACAUACUUGCGGGCCAUGAGAACAGCUACUGACUCCUCCCACCCCACCCUAACCCCGCCCCCAGGACACUCUCCAUUCCCUCAGCCAGCCUACUGAGCCCCUGACCCGCCGCGAUCAGAGCUCUCCGACGACCGCACCAGUCCGCGGAGACCUUAACAACUCCACGGCCACGCCGCCACAAGUAUACUACAAACCAAACUCAGCGUAGCUACUCUGUAGCUUUUCCGACUACCACUACUACACGACCAGAUCUACAAUACACUGAUGCUUAGCGAUCUACACACGGUUAUGACCCCCAAGUCAAAAGCCCAGCUGAGCGGAGCGAACAACAUUUAAACUAAGCAAAGACACUACAGCGGAAAUGUGAAUACAAUGUUCAGCUAGCUACACUGCAAAAUUAGGCCUUUAAAACUAGGCCUUUAAAACUAGGCCUACUCUUCUGCAGCAUAACCCAAGCAGACGUUAGUGACUGCCGUUGUGUAUAACACUCUGUGGGAGCUCAAGGAGGUUGCUUGUUUUUGGCGUCGAGUUUAUUCUUUCUUCCUUUCGGCAUGCAGCGCAGAAGCAGCCGUCUCGAUUUCGGACUCUCCGAGGUGGAGUCAUGGUCUGCGACUCUUCUGCCGCGAGAACUAAGCGGAGCACUCCCGAGUCGAAUCUUGUUGUAAUUGUGUAGCUCUCUGAGGGACCACACUAAAAAAAAGCAUGAGUGUCGUAACUGUAUCAUAAUACGGUGCGCGUGCAUAUAUGAACACACGUUUAAAAAACAAAACAAAAAAAAAAGAACUACCUGGUGUGAUAGCGUAGUCCUGGAGGUACAAAACCCCUGAAAAAGAACUAGCUGUUUCUAACUAGUGUAAUCUUUGACGUGGUAGCUCAGUAAAGCAUGGUUGUCGUAACAUUUGUAGUUCACGGAGAGAGGAAGUGAACCUGUGGCAGGUGGAGGAGACCUUUGAAACCUUUCUGACCCGAGACCCUGCUCUUCUGAAGGUCUGCCAAGGGUAGAGACGGCUACGGGCGUUGUAGCUACGGCCGUAUUCAGAGCCUGGUCCUGACCUAGUCACUGUCGGCUACACAGGGCGUGGUUGUAACUGUUUACUGAUGCAGUUAACAUUCAUAGAAGCGAUGGAGGUCUGGUGUCACAACAUGUCCUUGGUGAUCCUGUCAUGUUUGUCUUUUCCCCCAUUGAAGAGAGUUCUCUCUUUUGUUUUAUCGUUAGAUGCACAAACUACAGUUGAGUACUAAUUUAUCUAUGUAGUAAGAAAAAAAUGUCACCUUGUGACAGCCGUAAAGACAGGUUAAUUGAUUUGCUUUUAUACUUUAUUCAAAUUUUUACUUUUACUUUUUUUUUUUUUUUUAACUGAAAGCCAUUUGUCACCUAGUCUGUGUUUUUAAUGCUUGUUUAAUCACUGGUGUUAAAAAUUUGCACAAAAGGUUUUUUUGAAAUGUGAUGAUCAAGUGUGUGAGCAUGUACGUGUGGAUGUGUGUGUGCGUGUGUGUGUGUGCGCGUGUAUGUGUGUAUACACCUAUAUGCAACACUUGCAGGCAUACUGUACUGAAGUAUGCAUCUCUUCUCACCAGUUCCAUGUGGUCAUCUGCAAGCUGUGAGUAGGAAGUUAGAUGUUCACAUUCUGUUCUGUUACUGAAAAAGAAACCAUGACCAUUUAAGGUGAUUUUAAUUAGCAUUCGUCAUGGUAACCGAUUCACUUUACUCUUAAUGCAAAUCAGCAUCUUUAGCAAAAAAAAAAAAAAAAAGAAAUGCUGUUUAACUUAUUUCAAUGCAUUAUCCAACCAUGUAAAACACUAAAGCAUUCCUUUGAAAUCAGUAGCUCAAGAAUAUAAAUGUUACAUUAUGAUGUAAUGCCAAACUCUAUCCAUUCGAUUCAUGGCCAAAAUGUCCUGGGUGUUGCUACCUCGUGUGGGAAACAAAGAGUGAAAUAGGUGUUGAUUGGGGUCGAUGAGAUUAAUAUCGCUCUGGAUGUCCGCCAUCAGAUGUUGAAUAAUUGUGAUCAAAGUAGAUCAAACUACAUCACCACAUUUAACCGUUUUAUAUUGCAAUGCGUAUGACCUUGUACAUAGUGUAAGAUAAAAAUCAGUUUUACAGACUGUAUAAUUGCCUCUAUUUUGUUUCCAAUGUGAAACAGAUUUAUGAAACAACCUAACUCAUUAAAAGACAGAAGUGAAUACCAAGUGUGUUUUUGAGUUGAUGUGUUGGAUAUCCCUUACUUUUCUGAUCAGCAUAAGGUUCUUGUGUUGAUGAUGAUGAUGAUGAUUUCAUUGUAUAAAAAAGAAGGCAAGACGGCUUUAACUUUCCUUUAAUUGUCCUAAUAAUGGACAUCAUAUGAUCGACAGAUUAAAUAAUAACAGUGACAUUUCAUUUUGGAAACAUUUUAAACAGGCUUUGUUUCCAAUGUUCUGUCAGAUGACAAGAAUGAUCCUCUCUCCUCAGCCUCAUUCAGUGUAUAUGUAUAUUACCAGUAAGCAAUGUCUUAGAUAUCAUGAGACGCAAUACGUUUGUAUGUGAGGUUGACAUAUGUGGGCUAAAGGUUUCAUCCUACUUGAAUCUGUAACAGCAUAUUUGCUAGCUUUUAGUUCUCUUUAACAGUACAAAAAAAGACACAUAUUUACAAUAUCAGCAUUGCUACCAUACCUAUCUGCUCACAUGGUUGAGUAAAGGCAUCUUUUGUUCUCUACAAUGCUCAUUAUAGUAAUGACCUAUGAUUUAGUUUAUUUCAUGCAGAUCUAUGUUUAUGAUGUAGUGGCAUGUCCAGUCCAGCAGGUGGCGAAAGGUAGCUAUGUAAGUAGGAGUCAUACUUUUUCUUCUGUUUACUUGUUCAAACAACAGCUCUAGUCACACAGUGCAAAUAAGGGAUUGAGCCAAAUCAUUGAAUUAACUGGAAUGGAAGCUUAAUAUGGCUUCACCAUUAAAAAGAAAUCUAAAAAGAA